AUGGAUACGGAUUCCAGCGAUAGCCAGCUAGACUGCUCUCCCACAGAGAUACCUGUCGUCGAUUUUGCCAAAUGGAGGCCGGACGGGUCAGCUGAAGAGCGAGACAGUGUCGCCAACGAGCUCGUUUCAGCUUGCAAGACUGUUGGCUUCGUGUAUAUCCUCAACCACGGCAUCACGCCGGAGAGAUUGACUGAGGCAUUCGCUUGGUCGAAGAGAUUCUUUCACUUGUCCCUAGAAGAUAAACAGAAAGCUCCUCAUCCGAGCGGUGCUUCAGUCCACCGUGGAUACUCAUGUCCGGGAUUAGAGAAGGUCUCACAGGCUACGAGCGACAGAGAGGAUGCCGAACUUGCAAAAAAGUUGCGAGAAGUGAUUGACUACAAGGAAAGCUACGACAUGGGCAGCGAUGAGAAUCAGAUGCAGCCCAAUGUAUGGAUACCUGACGAAAUGCUUCCCGGAUUCCGGAAGUUCAUGACGCAGUUCUACUGUGAUUGUUUUCAGGUCGCGAAGAAUAUCCUAAGAGCAAUUACGCUUGGGAUCGGCAUAGAUGACCAAGACUAUCUACUAAAAUUCCAUUCCGGGUAUAACAAUCAACUGCGAUUGCUACGUUACCCUCCUAUCCCGGCAUACUUGCUGGAGCAUGCCAAAUAUGCGCGCAUGCCAUCACAUACAGACUGGUCCACAAUCACUUUCUUAUUUCAAGAUGAAUGCGGUGGGCUGGAGGUCGAAGAUAUCCAUAAUAAGGGGCAAUUUAUACCUGCAACCCCUAUGAAAGACGCCAUCGUCAUGAAUGUUGGGGAUCUCUUGCAGAGGUGGAGCAAUGAUCAGCUUCGUUCCACUCCCCACCGGGUCACGCUACCCCCUCUUCCUGACCGUUACGAGGGUGCGGACCGCAUCGUUCGAGAGCGCUUUUCCAUUCCAUUUUUCGUAUCGCCAGAUCCUACGUCUCUGAUAAAGUGCCUCCCAACAUGCGCGAGCGAGGAGAAGCCUGCAAGCUAUCUCCCUAUCAUUCAGAGCGAGUACAAUCGACUACGUUCAAUGACUCACUAUCAAAGCACAUCCACCGAGGCGGGGUCGGGACAGGACUUCUCAGUAAGCACAAAUUACUAUACCACGACCUGA